AUGUCCGGCACCGAGCAGACUUUCCACUACACCAAGGAGGACGUCCGUAAGAUGGAGCAGCGUGACUCUGCCUCCCACGGCGGUAACGUCUCUGCCGACUCUAACGCUGCUGCCAUGCAGGUCAGUGACUUUUGUUUACAUCAAGUUAAAAAACAUCUACUAACAUAUGUUCAGUCCAUCGUUGACCAGGCCGACAAGAACAAGGCCGAGCUCAUCGAGGAGCGCCGCAGCAACCUUCCCAAGCCCGAGGACCCUCCUGUCAAGUCCGACUUCAACUCUGCCGACCCCAGCACCGUCAACGUCGGCUCUGGUGGUGUCUCUGACACCUUCUCCCACGGCAACGACGCUCUCCGUGAGCCUGCCACUGGUGACAGCGCCGCCAGAAGCGCUGAUGCCACCCUCGGCCAGGGUGUUGGCCGUGAGGGCAAGGAUGGCCUCUCCGGCAUCCCCAACGACGCCGUCACCCGCGAGGCCAAGGGCAAGGCCGGUCUUGCCGACACUACCGGUCAGGACUACGGCUACCCCAAGAACGACCCCUCCAACGCAUAA